UGCGCGUUUUGUGAAUACCAUUAACCAUGUACUAUUUUAUCCACCUCAGUAAUGAUGAUACCGUUGGAAGUAACCUGGAAGACAAAACCUUUCACCUAUUUUGUCUUUCCUAAAACACCUUGUCGUGUGCGUGCCAUAUUUACAUCCCGUGCGCGCCUCCCGCCGCUGCUGCGCGUGCUCCAUUCUGUCACUGCUGGCAUCCAGACAGCUGCAAGCUCGUGGCAAUGCAUCUUUCGAACGAGAGGGAGGGAGAACAGCAGCAGUCGUUUGGGCAGUCAGCAAACUAUCGCAGUUGUCUGGGUGACAGCUAUCUCGGCUCGACAGUUUAUGAGCGAGUAAAGAAUGAGAAGAGAGGAUUCUCUUACUGACUGGACAGCGCAGGAGACUCACCCUAAAAAGACUUUGACAUGAAGAAGGACAUUGAGACGCUGAUAGCAGAGGAACGGGCUGACAUCAUCUCCAAGUAUGACAAGGGCAGGCAGGAGGGUGUCCACAUCGACCCCUGGGAGGAUACUGACUACAGCAUCUAUAAGGUCACAGACCGCCACGGCUUCCUGCACGAAGAGGAGCUGCCGACUCCGAGUGCAAUUGAAGAGAAGCAAAAGCAUCAGGAGAUAGAGCGGGUGGAGAAAUGGCUGAAGAUGGUCAAGAAGUGGGACAAGUACAGGAACAGCGACAAGAUGGUGAAGCGUGUGUACAAGGGAAUCCCCCUCCAGUUGAGAGGCCAGGCCUGGGCUCUGCUACUGGAUGUAGAGAAGGUGAAGCAGGAGAACUCUGGAAAGUAUGAGACUAUGAAGGAGCAGGCCAGGAGUUUCUCUACAGAGAUCAAACAGAUUGAUCUGGAUGUCAACAGAACCUUCCGGAACAACAUCAUGUUCAUGGAACGCUUUGGAGUCAAGCAGCAGGCCCUGUUCCAUGUGCUAGCUGCCUACUCCGUAUACAACACGGAGGUGAGCUACUGCCAGGGGAUGAGUCAGAUCGCCGCCAUCCUGCUCAUGUACCUGAACGAGGAGGACGCCUUCUGGGCCCUGUCCCAGCUCCUCACAAACAACAACCACGCCAUGCAUGGAUUCUUCAUCCCUGGGUUCCCCAAGCUGCAGCGCUACCAGGCCCACCACGAGCAGAUCCUGUCCAAGCUCCUCCCUAAGCUAAAGAAACACCUGGACAGAGAGCAGAUGUCCAACGGAAUAUACACCACUAAAUGGUUCCUGCAGUGCUUCAUAGAAAGGACCCCGUUCACCCUGACCAUGCGCUUGUGGGACAUCUACAUCCUAGAGGGAGAGAGGAUACUCACAGCCAUGGCCUACACCACCCUAAAAAUACACAAGAAGCGAUUGCAGAAGCUUCCUCUGGAGGACCUGAGGGAGUUCCUCCAGGAGCACCUGUCCAGCUCAUUCUUCCUACCCGACGACGUGGUGGUGGAGCAGCUGCAGGCGGCCAUGGCCGAGCUCCGCAAGAUGAAGCUGGACCUCCCACCAUCAGCCAAGUCAGAGGAGCUGCCUAAGAAGCCCCUCGGUGAGGAGCGGCCUGUUCUCCUGAUGCCCUUCCAGCGUGAUCUAGUCCUCCCUCUGGACCAACCCAAGACCAGUCUCCAGCCCCCGCUCCAGCCCCACAUAGAGGCCCACAGGCCGGACACCAUCACCCUUGACUGCUCCUCCUGUCCCGGGGACACCAGUAGCAUCCCUGGGGCCCACGACCCCCCGCGCCCCAUGCCCUCUCAAGACCCGGUGGUAGUCCACAAUCAGGCUCUGAUGCCAGAAGGGCCUUUAAGUUGUCCAGUCACCCCACCAAAGCCUCCGCCGAAGCCACAUAAGGUUGGGUCCACUCCAGGGGUGCGGGGUGUCAGGGAUAGGGUGGAGGAGUGUCCGAGUGACCAUGUCUCAGAGGUGGAGAAAGCAGGAGAAAGGAGUCUGUCUGAGGGUAGGGGUGGUAGAGCGGGGAUGGAGGCCCGAUCUACAGGUCCAGAGACCCAGGGAGAGCCCGGUUACUGGCCUCCGCCCUACGAGCCCCCUGUUGGGGAUGUUUCCAUCACGCAGUCUGGAUCAGGGUCCAAGACACUGGAGUUCCCGGAUCUACCCCCUCCACCCUUUUACUCUAUGGAAGAGAGCGCCCACACACCCCUGGACCCCGAACCUCCAUGCUUGCGAGACGGGACCAAGGUAGGGCUGAAGUCGGACUCUGUGCCCCCCUGCUCGGCUCUUUCACUAGGGGUAGAACCCCUACCGAAGCCUAAGAGUCCGCGUCCACCUCCACCCACGUCCCUGGACCUCAUCCUGGAGGAAUCCCCGUCCUCGCGGCCCUCUUUAUCCCUCGCCUUUGCCAAGCCGUCCCCCCGAAUCACCUUCAAGCCCACUAAGUUCCCCAUGUCGCUCUGCGUGCCCCAGACAGCAGGGGACCGCCGGCCCUCAAACACCUCCCAGUACGACAACCUCUCGGAGGCUGACGACGAGGACUGCUUCAUGGACCGGCUGCUGGAGGGUGCCACGGCCCUGCCGCAGAGCCCCUUGCCAGGCACCAGCCCUCAGGAAACACUGGGGAUGUUCGGCCUACCACCACCGCCGUGCAUACCCGAGCUGUGUGAUGACCCCUCAUCCUCCUAUCUUUUCCAUCCCCUACCACCGCCUCCUCCGGUGUUCCUCCUUUCCCUGCCCGACACCUCCUCUCCCACCCCUCUCUCUGCCUCCCCCUCUCCUCUUCCUCCCACCUUCUCAGCCCUUCCCUCUCUUCCGCAGGAGCCGGACUAUGAAGGACAGGAGGAGAGCUGGAUGGUAGAUUCUAUCGUCAUCCCUCCGCCGCCGCCCUGCUUCGCCGAUAGACUGGCUCCUUUCCAGUAUAGUCCUCCUAACCACCACACUGGGCUCAGCAGCCUAACGGACACACACAGAGCCACCACUGCCAACCAGAGUCAAAGCUCAAACCAGAACCAGGGCUCCUCCCAGUUCCAAAAACUGCCCAAGGCCCACAGGCCCCUCCCUGCCCUGCCUGCCUUCACGGCCCAGAUGCUGCUUCCGGGGCCCUCAUCUGGACAGUCGGCAGGAGAGGUCCCCUCAGUGCGAUCCAACCCAGACUUUUAUAGAAUGCAUGCUGGAAGCCACCAGCUGCCCAAAUCAGUAACCUUUUAGGGUUUCUAUAGUUUGAAAGAGUUUGAAACGUAAAGAAUUUGAGACACGUGGCUGGGUCGGAACGAGACAAUGGACUGAAGAAGACUGCUGCAAUUACCUACUGUGCUCAUCUAGCAUACAAAGCCAUUUUGUAGGAGGGAGAGGGGAAAACCCUUAGUGUGGUCAGUUGCUGUUUUUGGAGAGAGCAAAUCACUUUUUUCAUAGUUAUGUAUAGAUAUUUUGUGCUGUUUGCACCUUUUUAUUAAGGGUAACAAAUGGUUUUCUAAAUGUUCACCUACAUUUGAAACCGUAGUCUUGCCUAGUUUUAAGGUGUGUGUGUGCAUGUGUCUGGCAAUAUGACCAGUUGGUCUUUUCAUCAUGUAGGAAUCUGUUUCUUUCGGUUCCCUUUUCCUGUAACAGAAAAGUGUCUUAAGCAUUGAGCAAUUUAACAUCCAAUGAAAACAGGAAUUUCUGUUCAAGAACUUAACUCAAAGGGCUUUCCAAGUUGGCAUACAGUCAUUGUGAAGCACCAAAGGCCUAUAUCCCAUACCAGUACUUAAUUUAUGUGAGCAGGCUCACAGAACUCAAUACAAUAUAGUUAGACCAUAUGGUUAUUGAACUUAUUUGAAUUUGCUUAUAACUGCUUAAAAACAUUAAUUUGUAAACUAUUUAAAUAACAUUUAUAAGGCCUGUUAUUCAUGAUUUUGUAAUGAUGAAUAGUUGGCAGUUUAUACUUAAAUGUAUGUUACAUACUGAACGUGAGGAAAUUACAUAUGAUGAUUUACAAGCUAUUUGUUCAUGGUUACCAAACUAUUUAAAGAUUUUGUACCAGCAAUGUUAAGCAGACCUUCAAAUUAGGUGCUCUCACUAUUUAACUCUCUCUCGUUGAUAGAGCCAUGGUGCAAUAGUCACUACUGUAUAUACUGACGCAUGUUUCAUUGAGCAAUAAGGACUUGUAGUCGAGUCCUUUUUCUUUUAUGUUAGAUGCAGUACUGUGUUGGAUUUUGCUGGUUUUCUUUGUUUCAUCUUGUGGAUAUCGUUUGCAUUUUCGAAGGUAUUUUAUUGUUACUAUUAUUCCAGUUUGUUUUGAUACCUUUCUGUGACAUCACAGCAAUAAGGGUUAUGCAAAGUACCAGUCAAAAGUUAGGACACACCUACUCAUUCAAAGGUUUUUCUUAAUUUUUUACUAUUUUCUACAUUGUAGAAUAAUAGUGAAGACAUCAAAACUAUGAAAUAACACACAUGGAAUCAUUUAGUAACUGAAAAAAGUGUUACGCAAAUCAUUUUAGAUUCUUCAGAGUAGCCACCUUGAUGACAGCCUUGAUGACAGCCUUGAUGACAGCUUUGCACACUCUUGGCAUUCUCUCAACCACCUUCAUGGGAAAUGCUUUUCCAACAGUCUUGGAGUUCCCACAUAUGCUUAGCACUAGUUGGCUGCUUUUCCUUCACUCUGUGGUCCAACUCAUCCCAAACCAUCUCAAUUGGGUUUAGGAUGGGUGAUUGUGGAGGCCAGGUCAUCUGAUGCAGCACUCCAUCACUCUCCUUCUUGGUCAAAUAGCCCUUACACAGCCUGGAGGUGUGUUUUGGGUCAUUGUCCUGUUGAAAAACAGUAACGCUGCAGAAUGCUGUGGUAGCCAUGCUGGUUAAGUGUGCCUUGAAUUCUAAAUAAAUCACAGACAGUGUCACCAGCAAAGCACCCCCACACCAUCACACCUCCUCCUUCAUGCUUCAAGGUGGGAACCACACAUGCAGUCCAAAAAUCUAAAAUUUGGACUCAUCAGACCAAACGACAGAUUUCCACCGGUCUAAUGUCUAUUGCUCGUGUUUUUUGGCCCAAGCAAGUCUCUUCUUCUUAUUGGUGUCCUUUAGUAGUGUUUCCUAUGCAGCAAUUCAACCGUGAAGGCCUGAUUCACACAGUCUCCUCUGAGCAGUUGAUGUUGAGAUGUGUCUGUUUCUUGAACUCUGAAGCAUUUAUUUGGGCUGCAAUUUCUGAGGCUGGUAACUCUAGUGAACUUAUCCCCUGCAGCAGAGGUAACUCUAGGUCUUCCAUUCCUGUGGCGGAAAGGAAGACCCAGAGUUACCAAAAACCCAGAGACCUAAAACCCUUGAAUGAGUAGGUGUGUCCAAACUUUUGACUGGUAAUAUAUGUACAAAGAAGACAGACGUGUUGUGGGUGAAGCAGAGCCAUGUUCAGUAGGCAAACGGUUCAGAAAGUUGCAGAUAGGAAUGUCUUGAAUACAGCUGACGGGAUUAGUUAUUCUACAUGUCAGAGGCAUAUUUGCUCUACAUAACAUAUUGCUUCCUGAACAUUGUGUGAUGUUGUAUCCUGCUGAAUGCGCAACAUGUUUACUUCAUAAACAAACCAUCAACACAAAAACAAAUGGGAACACAAGAUGGCGUUAUUAGGGAAUCCAAUCAUUCUUUAGCCUACCCAAUACCAUUUAUGAAAGACUGGUUUCACCUAGUGGAGAAAUAGAAACCUUAAAGGCCCAGAGCAGUAACUUGAUUGACCUGUGUUUUAUAUACAUUUCCACACUGAGGUUGGAAUAAUACUGUGAAAUUGUGAGAGAAUUUUUUUUUUAAAUGCCCUUUUAGUGUAUGCGCUGUUUGAAAAGGCCGCCUGAAAUUUCAGCCUGUUUUUGGUGGAAUGGAGUUUUGGCCAAACCUUUCUGCCAAAAACAGAUAGUUUUCAGUUUUCCCCUUCCUACUCAGAUCACUCCCACACAGUCCUAACAAAAUUCUUGCUUAAGAAAUUGCACUUUGCUAAGAAGGUAUUUUUGUUUCUUUUAUACCAUUUUGAUUUUUGAAAAACUAUCUCAGUAAGUUACUUAAUUGUUACCCAGAAAUAUUAUAUUGAGAUUUAAAGAAUUCCUGCAUUGGACCUUUAACAGUGUUGACAUGCAUUUUUUGUGGGACCCUAUCAACAAUGGAAUAAUGAACAAAAUACAAAAAUAUGUAGGGUCAACUUCAUAGUACUUUUAAGUUGCAUCCACAUUCUUUACCCUUCUCCCAAAAUGUACAGUUCUCUCAAAAUGUGCCAUGAAUUUAAAAGCAUUCGAUUGGGCGUAGCCUAAGCAUUGGCUGGAGGGUGUUUCCACAAUUUUUAAACCCAAGAGAAAGGGUGCAAGUGUGUGCUUCAGGAGAAGUGUCGAGAAUCAGGACACAACCGUAGUUGAAGAACCACAGCCCGUCUAGAAGUGAGGUCAGUGUUGAUUGGUUGACAAAAGAAACCAGCAUUCAGAAGAGGUAUUCUUGGAGGAAUGGAAGUUUGAGCCAUAACAUAACAAGGAAAUAUAGGAGCCGUCCCAAAUGGCACCCUAUUCUUUGUAUAGUUUACUACUUUUGACAAAAGUAUGUAGGGACUAUGUAGGGUAUUAGGAUGCCAUUUGGGACGGAUACCUAGUCUACCUUAUCUGUUUACUGAUUUUAUUAAAUUAUAUGAGUGUUAUGGACAUCUGUUUGAAGUUUUGCGCUCGCACUUCUACUUUUAUUUUCUCCAGAGUCUGUUUGGAGUGUGUUUCGUCCUUGGUUACUGUGCAUUCUUUUGAAAGGCUCCGGGCCGAGAAGCUUUUUUGUUUGUACCAUGUUCUGAAAAGAGCGACGUCAUUCGGCUUGUUCACGGGUUGGUUUGAACUAACACAGAUCUUUUUAAUCAUACGGAUCUGUUGGUGUCCAGUUUCGAAGUAUAGUUUAUAUCUUAAUCUGGGCUUUGCCUUGAGCUCAGACCAACCUCGUGAACAAAAACAUACAUUGACAAAUGUUGUAUAAAAAAAGACAAAUGUUUGCGUUUUCUUUCUUUCCUCCCACAGAACAGACCAGUUAGAGUGAAAUCGGAGUGGAAUAUUUUAUCCACAAUUAACCCUUUAACCCUAUUCCCAACUGGUGGAGGAUAUUUUGACAGUGGAUUUAGAAAUGGGUAUGGGGAAAAAAUCUCAACUUGAACUUGAUUGGUCAACUCUCCUAGCCAUCCCGCAUUAAUUUGUAUCGUUUUGAGUUCUUGCAGUUCAGUGUUUGCCACUGAGGGCUGUAAGAAAAUGCAUGAUCUGGCACCACAGAUAUUGGAUAAAGACAGAAAUUUGGUGAGGGAUGAAUAUUGCACCAUUUUUGUUAGACCUUGAAGAAUAGAAAUAUGUAAAUAAAUUGUCAAAAAAAAUAAAAAAAAAUUAAAAUGCACUCAACCAGGCAGUUGAUACAGUGCAUUCAGAAAGUAUUCAGACCCCUUGACUUUUUCCACUUUUUGUUAUGCUACAGCCUUAUUCUAAAAUUGAUUAAAUCGUUUUUUCCCCUCAUUAAUCUACACCCAAUACCACAUAAUGACAAAGCAAAAACAGAUUUGACUUUUGCAAAUGUAUUAAAAAUAAAACGCAUUUACAAAAGUGUUCAGACCUUUUACUCAGUACUUUGUUGAAGCACCUCUGGCACCAAUUACAGCUCGAGUCUUCUUUGGUAUGACGCUACAAGCUUGUCAAACCUGUAUUUGGGGAGUUUCUCCCAUUCUUCUCUGCAGAUCCUCUCAAGGUCUGUCAGGUUGGAUGGAGAAUAAUACUGCACAGCUAUUUUCAGGUCUCUCCAGAGAUGUUCGAGUAGGUUCAAGACCUCUAGCUGGGUCACUCAAGGACAUUCAGAGACUUGUCCCGAAGCCACCCCUGCAUUGUCUUGGCUGUGUGUUUAGGGUCGUUGACCUGUUGGAAGGUGAACCUUCUGUCCUGAGCACUCUGGAGCAAGUUUUCAUCAAGGAUCUCUCUGUACUUUGCUCCGUUCUUCUUUCCCUCGAUCCUGACUAGUCUCCCAGUCCCUGCCGCUGAAAAACAUCCCCAAAGCAUGAUGUUGCUACCACCAUGCUUCACCGUACGGAUGGAGCCAGGUUUCCUCCAAACGUGACACUUUGCAUUCAGGCCAAAGAGUUCAAUCUUGGUUUCAUCAGACCAGAGAAUCUUGUUUCUCAUGGUCUGAGAGUCUUCAGGUGCCUUUUGGCAAACUCCAAGUGGGCUUUCAUGUGCCUUUUACUGAGGAGUGGCUUCCAUCUGGCCACUUACCAUAAAGGCCUGAUCGGUGGAGUGCUGCAGGAAUGGGAAAACCUUCCAGAAGGAAAACCAUCUCCACAGAGGAACUGGAGUUCUGUCAGGUUCUUGGUCACCUCCCAGUUCAGACUCUAGGAAGAGUCUUGGUGGUUCCAAACUUCUUCCAUUUAAGAAUGAUGGAGGUAUGGUAGAAAAAAUUACAAGAUUAUGUUAUAAUACUGUUUAUGCAUCGAAUAGCUUUGAUGAGUACUCUCUCAUCUGUGUCUGUGGGACUGAGUUGGGCCUCUGGAGCUUGGCACUGGCAAUUGAUUUAUGAUGGCUUGGUGAUAGAACCUAAAGCCUCCAUUCCGUUGAAUGACUAGUAUCUGUGUGUUAAGGGGAGCAAAACUGACAGGAUAACCCUGUAAAACAAGCAGUAAAUGACCUAGAGACCGAAACCUGGCGCAAUGUAAAUCUUGCUGUAUGUUGCUUGAUAGCGCAAUGUACGUUUUGUAUAAUUCUAUUCAUCUGUUUGUCAUGAACAUUCAAGAGGAUGUACUUUGUUAUAAAAUGCUGUGGUUCAAAUCUGCUCGUUGAGCUCUCGGCAUCAUACUUCAGAGUGUGGGAUCGACCAGCUUCAUUAUUGCAAUAAUUAAUCGAUAUUAAAGAAUGAUUGUUUGAAGAAA